CUGUGCUAAACCAGCCCUCGUGUACUGCCCCUAUCCGUGCUCCCUGCGCACGCACACAGCAACCCCCGAUACCCACACCGACGAAUACACACACACGCGCACACACGAGAAACUCCUUUCUACACAAGCACAGCUUGCCCUCAUCAUCCCUUGCAUCCUUCCCAUGCGCAGAAGGCAACCUCGUCCACAGAGCGAAGGCCGGGGUGGGUCCGCGGGGGGAGUUAGCAACGGGCCACUUCGGAAAAGGCUUUUCCCGCGUGGUCUCUUGGGACGCCCGGCUACGACAGGGUUAAGCGUGUUUCGGGUGGUUUUUCGGCUAGCGCGAUUUCCCUCCAAACCCCUGGAUCACCUUACCCAACCUCUCUUCCCUCUUCCACUGCAGGGAUAGGCGGGGACCAGCGCGCUUUCCCCUCCUCUUUCCCAACAGUCCCCUCCACACUUCCAGUAAUCACCCAGAAACAAAAGGGGGGGCAGAAGGGGGAGGGAGCCUGUUGGGGUUUACCAGCCACUUCCUGCCAAUCAGAAGCCUGCCAGCCAACCCCCCCUCGGCGGCCAAUGAAAGUUGUGACCAUUCAUAAAAAUAAAUACGCUGCCACGCUCCACCCCAGCCACACACAGGCACAAGGGACCCAACCUCUCCCCAGCGUGUCAGUUUCCCCGUGAAAUAUACAAGCUUCCAGCUCAAAUAUUAUUGCAAACCUCGCUCUCUUUUCCUUCUCUCCCCGCCCCCUCCCGCCGUUCUCCGUCCUGAGCUCCCAUCACAAUGCAGCCAGCAACACACUGAAAUUAUAUUCUAGUUAAUUGGUUUUGUGUGUGCGUCUCUCUCUUUCCGCCUCCCCCCUUCCAUACUCUGCUAACGGGAAAAGCGCUUCGAGAAACGCGCGCACACAUUCACACGCGCUUCCAGGAAACCAGAGACAGAGAGGCUGCGAUUCUUUGCGAAAGGAAAUAGAUUUGCUUGGCUUCUCCACACUCCUCCCUCCGCCCCAAGCAACUUCUAUCUCUUACUGCUCCUCUUGAGUCCUAAUCCGGGAAGUAUCUGAGAGAAAACCUUAAUUUGCACAGGCUGAGAACGAAGCUCUAUCCGGUACCCUCCGGGCGCUCCGUACAUUCCCCCCCCCCACAAGUAUGGGAAAGAGAGGCGAUCGGACUGGGCUCUAUUUCGGCAGCAGAUCCCGUGAAGUAGAGUUCAUUUUCUCAUUUUGAUCACCCCCCGCCUCUUUUUCACUCUUCCACUCUUGGAGAAAUACAGGCGCCUCUGCUUCCACGCUACCAAAGUACAGUCAACAAACCCUGAACUCAGCUGGAUACACUCUGCCAUUCAGCUUGGCGCCCAAGGAAAGCAUACAGCUCACCUACCCCCCUGUUUGAGUUGCAGCCGUUCGUUCCAGUGGCAAAGUCUGUGCAGCAGGCGAGCUUGCUCAAUCACAGCCAGCCAAACAUUGGACAUCACAGCUCAGGCUUCCUGCAUGAAGGUGAAAGCUACAAAGCCAAGUUCUUUGACAAGAUGCCGCUUUGGUAACUGAUUAAGCAUCUCUUCCAGCCAACUGGAGGCGCAAUGGUCCCCCUGUGCUGGUGCUGCCCGCCAGCACCUGCACCAGCUGCGGUGGCCAUGACCAGCACAGCCACACCUUCCUACCACUUCAAGAGCUUCUGUGGCGAGUUUGAGCAGGUGGAAAGCGCCCUGGAACGCCUCGAGGCCAGCGGGUUCUACUGGGGGAGCCUGUCAGGCACCGAAGCCAAGCAGCUUUUAACCUCCCAGCCACCUGGCGUCUUCCUAGUGCGAGACUCCUCUGACCAUCACCACCUCUUCACCCUGAGCAUCCGCACCAACACGGGCAUUACCAACCUGCGGAUCCAGCAGCAGGGCUCAGCUUUCCACCUGGAGGCCUUGCCAGGAGCCGGCCAUGCCCCAGCCUUCCACUGCGUGGUCCAGUUGGUAGAGCAUUAUCUCUGCCUGGGGACCGUAGAAAGGGGGCCUUGCUAUCUGGAGAGGGAGGGGCAGCCUCCAGUGCCUUUGGCCCUCCUCCACCCCCUCUGCUGCAAGGUGCCCACUUUGCAAGAGCUGUGUCGUCGGGCUGUGCGUGCCAGCAUGCGGGGCAGAGGUGACACUAGGGCUCAGUUGCAGGCGUUGCCGGUCCCACAGGGACUCUUGAACUCACUGUGCAGCUGAAAGAGGAAAUACAGCACAAGCUUUUAAUGAGCAGAGGUUGUUUCCUUCCCAACAUGCCUUGUACAGCACAUGGACAGGACUGUUUGCACACAGUGUAUUCCUGGGAGUGCCUGUUUAUUAUCUUUGUGGAAUAAACCUACUGGUACGUAAGGGCCAGCCAUUGAACCAAUUGCCCUCAAUUCAUUUUGAUGUGUCUCAAGCCUCCAAAUGUCACCAGAAGCAGAGGAAAAGGCAACCUAUUCCAGGACCUGGGGUUGGUGUCAUCUUCUGUGACACGAAAGGCCCAUAACUCCUUUUCCCUACAUUCUCCUUAAGCCAACCAGUCCCAACAUCUCAAAAGCAUCUUUGGGAAAAAGGUAUGAAGAACGCUUAAUUCCUGGGAUCAGCUGCCUCUAAGCAAGUUCACAAGUUUUCAUCGCGCAGUGACUAAGGUCACCUAUUGCUCUGCACCACAGAUAGAGCUGCACUGUCACCUCAUAGUAUUGUUCACAUGUUCAGCUGAAAGGCAUUGAGAGAUGCAUAUGCAUGUAUGCAACAGUGCUCAGUGCCAAGUGAGGGGGUCCCUGCUACUAGCUAGAGAUAUAGCUGCAAACACAAGUGUCUUGUGGCAAUUUAUGUAUUUUAAGCAGGUGUGGGUACCUUUUGGCCCUCCACACUCCCAUCAUCCCUGACCAUUGGCCAUGCUUGCUGGGGCUGCUGGGAGCUGCACUUCAGUGAACUUCUGGAGGACUAAAGGUUCCCCACACUUGCAUUAAAGUGCCACAAGGCAAGGUUCUAAAACAUGACUAGUGCUCAGGACUCUAGCUUAGUUAGAAAUCUAUGGAUACCCAGUGACAAGGGAAACGGCAUUCUUUGUAGUUUCUUCAUACAGAUCAGGGCCAUACUCUACUGCAAAGGCACGAUUCUCAGCACUAACGGCAAAGUCUGUGCACACAGCUGUCCUUCCCCUUUCUCCCACUUGCAUUUCAUGUUUGACCACCUCAAGAUCUCAUUUUCUGCACACACACACAUACACACAAACUUCGUCAGAGCCCUGAAGGCAGGUCAUUACUGUAACUUGACAGCCCUCAAGAAUGUUGACUCAGGAAACCAGUUAUGAAAAAAAACACAAGACAUUCCAGGCAAAAGAAAAGUACAAACUCAGCUACUUUAUGCUGCAUCCUGUGACUUGAGUUUGUGCAUGUUUUUAUAAACCGCCAGAUAUGUUCAAAGGCCAUGACUUAGGGGAGCUUGGAAGAGCAGAGGGGGCUAGAGGUCUACCAUCAGAAUAUUUAAAGUGGGGGCUUUUUGUGGAGGUACAAACCAGAGAGCCAGUGUGGUGUAGUGGUUAAGGUGUUGGACUAUGACCUGGGAGACCAGGGUUUGAAUCCCCACAGCCAUGAAGCUCACUGGGUGACCUUGGGCCAGUCACUACCUCUCAGCCUCAGAGGGAGGCAAUGGUAAACCUCAUCUGAAUACCCCUUACCAUGAAAACCCUAUUCAUAGGGUCACCACAAGUCGGAAUUGACUUGAAGGCAGUCCACAAACAAUUCCUAGAGAAAGCUUUUUCCUGGACCAAGUUAAGAGUCCCCGCCCCCCCCCCCCCCGAUCACUUGAAAAUUGCUGAUGGUCUUGGCAGGCCACUUAAUGAUAUUGCUGCCUGUUGCAGCAACUGU